GAUAGAUUCAUAGUACGUACAGCUGAGUUGGCUUGUUGUCGGGAACAGAAAACAAACAAAAGUAACGGACACCACCAAACAUUACUGUUACGCGUUUAUGUACAAUUUUCAUUUCAUCUCUUCUCUUUUUUAUGAAACCCUUUUCACUUUUCCCUUUCCAUCAUUCAACAAUCUCAAUUUCAAUCCCAGUUUCAAUUUCAUGGGUCUUCGAUUCUCUUCCUUUCUAUCAAACUCAACCGUUUCUUCCGGUCCCACUCUCGGUGAGUUACCGGAAAGUUGCGUCGCUUCCAUCAUCGCUUACAUGGAUCCUCCUCAGAUCUGUCAACUUGCUACCUUGAAUCGUGCUUUUCGUGCUGCUUCUUCUGCUGAUUUUGUUUGGGAAUCUAAAUUGCCACCCAAUUAUCUUCUUCUUCUCGCCAAAAUUUUUCAAGAUUUUCCGAUCAAUUUGGGUAAACGUGAUAUUUAUACAUCUCUUUGUCGUCUCAAUUCUCUCGAUGGUGGCACCAAGAAAGUUUGGGUUGAUAAAGGCACGGGUAAGCUUUGUUUGGCUAUAUCAUCCAGCAAGGGACUGUCAAUAACUGGGGUUGAUGAUAGGAGAUAUUGGAAUUAUAUCAUCACUGAAGAAUCUCGGUUCAGUACUGUUGCAUACCUUCAGCAUACCUGGUGGUUUGAAGUGGACGGGGAAAUUGACUUCCCAUUUCCAGCUGGGACAUAUAGCUUAUUCUUCAGAAUACAUCUAGGGCGAGCCUACAAGAGGUUUGGACGUCGGGUCUGCAAUACUGAACAUGUUCAUGGGUGGGACAAAAAGCCUGUGCAAUUCCAACUUUGGACUUCAGAUGGGCAAUACGUUGCCUCCCAAUGUUUUCUGAAAGAACCUGGCAAUUGGACUUUUUACCAUGCAGGUGAUUUCACGGUUGAGGAUGGACAUUCAUCAACCAAAGUCAAGUUCUCUAUGACUCAAAUUGAUUGCACACACACUAAAGGCGGUCUGUGUUUGGAUUCUGCUUUUAUUUACCCAAGCGAAUUCAAAAAGAGCAAGGCGUUUUUGAACUGCUCCUAACCAUUUCAGGUAGAAAGGAAAUGUAAAUCUUGUCUGUCUAGUAUGUAUAGAACAUAGGGCGGUUUCAGGAUGAUUAGAGAAUCGAGUUUUUAUAUGAUUCUUUAGGAUUAGAAAUUUGUUAGAGCUAGGAGGGAAUUGGGCAAUUUGAUUAAUUUCUUCUGUUAAUUAGAAUGGGUUGUUCUAUCAUGCUUUUGUAUGGUAUAUUUGACUAUUGAGAAGGUUCUAUGCUGCGGAAGAUUGAAUGUAUGCGCUCAUUUUGAUAACAUUGAAACUCAAACCUGUGGAAGAUUUUGAUGUAUACAUUCAUUUUUAUUAGAA